CAUAAAUCAACAAUGGUUUAGUUAAUGAAUAAUUUAAAUAGCAAGUAACGCCUGCAAUAAAACAAUAACAAUGUUUGCUAUCCGUAGACUCGCCAGGUCCCACAAAAAUGUCCAGCGUUGUAUCAGGCGUUACUAUGCUGCAACAAGUUCUGACAAGGGAUCGAAUAAGGGAAAUAAAGAAAGAGAAUCGAAACCAUCUAAUCCAGCCUGCUUUUCUUGGUAUGAUGCGAGGAAAUACAGCCACUGUCUACCCGGCAAUAAUGUGAGAACUCCCUUCGAUAUCCCUAAAAUGCCUAGUGGCGUUUUCCGCUGCACGGAUGGCGAGGUAAUCGGGCCACAAGCUGGUAAGUGCGCUUAUUACCGCAAUCCAGAGUACUAUUCUUUCCAUCAUAUGUCAUUCUUCGACAUGCAUCUGAUUUUGGGUGAAUAUAGAAAACCUCAGAUUAAAACUGGUCGAAAACCAACAAUCAUUUGAUACUUUCUGAAUGUGUAAAAUCUAAGAACUUUAAAAUAUUUUCGUUUAAAUAUUACGCCUAAACUAUCCAUUUUCAUUGACUGCAUAAAAUAUAGCAUUUUGAUUGUGUAACUAAAAUGAAAUAAAAAUGUAAUCUAGUUCUAAGC